CAUUUUGUUGUAUAUUAUCUCAUUGGACACUUAGAUUGCAGUUACGACGCAGCGGUAACUUUAACGUAUGUGAUUCAAAUCGUAACAUCAAAACAUAGUAUACGGUUAAACACAGAUACAGUUGCAUAUGAUUUGUGAAUGACGGUGAGUGGGGAGCCAGUCAUUUGCAUAACAGAUGCAAAACAAACAGUGUGUGAACCGUAAGAUAACUAUGAAACGUCAUUCUACAAAUCAUUUCGCAACUAUGGUAUGUAAGGAUCGGAAUUUCUUGCGCUUGUAAGAUUAUAGACCGGAAAUGGAGGGUGUAAAGGUUACGCAUCAGGGCUUGAAGGCCCACACACCGGAAGGGUCUGCAGGACGGAUAACUCAAGCUGGUCUUGCUGCCAGAAGUCCAGAGGGAACAGCAGCUAAGGCGAUGGCCAUCAAGGGCCACGAAGAUCUAUGGGUGGAAAUCCAGGCGACAACUUUUAGAAAUUGGGUCAAUGAAACGUUGAAACCAGUGGAUAUAAAGGUGGUUGAUCUCGUAGAAGAUCUCCGCGAUGGAACUGUACUCUGUGCUUUGGUGGAAGCACUGCAGGGUCGCCGGCUUAAGGGUUGGAGCCGUAGCCCGAGCAACCAGCACCAUAGACUGGACAACGUUACCACCGCUUUACAAGCCAUUGAAGACGACGGUGUAAAAUUAGUUAAUAUAGGAAAUGUGGAUAUAGUGAAUGGAAAUCUAAAACUAAUAUUAGGAUUAAUUUGGUCGCUCAUCGUUCGGUAUCAGAUUGGCAGAAGCAAGUUCCCGCCUAGGAAGCUGAUGUUAUCUUGGCUUCAGUCAGCUCUUCCCGAGUGCCGAGUAAAUAAUCUGACAACGGAUUGGAAUAGUGGAGUACUUCUCUCGGCCCUGUUGGACUACUGCAAGCCUGGCGUUUUUCCACACUGGAGAGAACUUAAUCGCCAUGAGGCUGUUGAGAACUGCAGACGAGCGAUGAAGCUGGCUCACCGUGAGUUCGACGUUCCGAUGGUGCUGGAACCAGAAUACCUGGCCUCUCCGUGGCUCGACGAAUUGUCAGGCAUGACCUAUUUGUCCUACUUCAUGAAGCCAGGCUAUGCUGGGGUGAAGUCUACACUGGACUGGGUCAAUUCCAAACUUGAAAGGCCCAUUACAAACUUCACGACUGACUGGAAUGAUGGGCGAGUAGCCAAUGAGCUGGUGAGGGCAAUGGGGGGACCAGCCCCGGCUCCAAGUCGCCUGAAGCGAGACCCUUCAAGAUGGGAGGAAAAUAACCAAAUGGCCUUGGAUGCUGCUAAGAAAAUUGGUGUACAACCAGUACUUUCAGCUAAGGAUAUGAGCCAAAAUGAGUCAGAACACUUAGGUGUAAUGGCGUGGGUUACACAGUUCCGAAAUGUAGCGCCUCGACCACCUGUUCACGAUAUGUUGCGGGUCGCUCUCGACUCCACUUCGGGAAGAGUUGGAGAGCCAACAUACAUCAAGGUGGAGAGUAUUUCAAGAGACCUGGCGAUGUCAGACGUGAAGGUGUACAUAGUGAACCCUCUGGAGCAGGAGUCGCGGCUAAAGCUGGACUCGCGAGGAGCUGGGGAGUUUGUUCCAGAGCAUGCUGGCAUGCACGAAAUUGUUCUCGUUGCUGAUGAUAUUAGAGUCGAUGGAAGAUACUUCUUCCGCGUGAUACCCAGAUUAGUAUCAGUACCUCCUCCGGGCAUGGCGCCUUGUGCAGCCGGCAGCAUUGUCGAAGUAUUGGUUAGCGCUACAGGGGCACCACGUCGAGAGGAUAUCGAUGUGACUGCCCAUUCACCAAGUGGACGAGCCGUUCCGUUGGAAGCUAGACAUCCACCACCAUCAGCACCAGGAACUACUGCCUCCAGUGCCACUUUUCAGCCUGAUGAAGCUGGCACUUGGACCAUUGCUAUCACGUACAAGGGAGAACAUAUACAGGGUGGUCCAUUUACAUGUGAAGUAUUUGACCCCGCUGGUGUACGACUCAGUCCUGGUGCGCUCGAAGGUGCAGAACCGCUGAAACCACACUCGUUUGAACUGGAUACAAGCGGAUGCGGCGUCAAAGGUGACCUGCAGUUGGAUAUCGUUCACGACAAACGAAGCGUUAUGUGCGCGCUCGAGAAAUUGUCAUCGACGAAAUAUCGAGCAACAUUCAUGCCAAAGGCACCGGGGAAACAUCGGUUAUACGUCUACUUCAACGGUUACGACGUACACGGAUCGCCGCACGUAUUUAGAGUGGGGUCACGGUCGAAGAAGCCCAGAGAGAACGCGAGUCCGUCACUUUAUGCGAGAAUGUCAAGCCCAGCUACUCGCUUAGGUUCAGAAAGUCCCAAAAAUCAGUACAAUAUAUACGAAUCCAACGCAACCAAAUACAACACCAGCUCUAUAGAUCGCAAGGAAGAACGACGGAAUUCAACUGAUUAUUACAAAACCUACGGACCUGAUAUCAAAGAAAAGUCCUUUGACGUCACCGAUUCUUACACAUCAAGGAUUAACAAAAAGGAAACAUUCAGAUACGAUUCGGAGAGUCCCAGAAAUGCAACUGCUAGUCCCAUAACAUCUAAGCAUUUGGGUAAUGGGUCUCGAUUGGAUAUUAGAUCUAAUAGUCCAUAUAGAACAACUAGCCCAUAUAGAGCUACUAGUCCAGUCGGUAGAACGAGCCCACUAAUGAGAAAGGAUGUCCCUCUGAAUAGGACUGCCAGUCCAAUUAACCGGGUCAGUAGUCCUACAGAUCGGUACAGUCCUGUGACAACUACCAAGAGAGUAGUGGAAAAGAAGUCCAACUACAAAAUGUAUAGCUCAUACAGCGGCUCUCAAGAUGACCUGGACCAGAACAGUCCUCUGUCGUCUUUAGACAGCGAACGGGUUAAGAGAUAUGGGAGUACAGGUAUAGGAGACAGCGGGGAUCCGGGAGGGAAGACAAUACCGCCGCGGAAAGACCCAUGGGACUCCGUUGAGAGGACGAGACAAAUGAUGGCCAACAAUAGUUUGGAUAAAAGCUCGGACCGUUUCGGUCAAAGUACACUGGACCGAGAGACACAACGCAACACCCAACUCAACAAGUUCAUCGACUACUCGCGCGAUUCGUUCAGUCGAGUCGACCGAUCUGACGACACGGACUCGGACACUUACACAAGUCGCCAAGAGUUCAAAAGAGAAGUCAGAGAGAGUUCGUACGUAGUCCGGGACUCAUCUUACAGCAGUGUGGAGGAGAAGCGUCAACAACAGCAGUCUUUUUUAUCCAAUAGGCCCCCCCGCGACCCAACCGGGGGGGCCCUAUCUGAAACAGAUGCAGCUCAUGCACGUUUCGGAAUAAUUGAAAGGGAUAGCUAUAGAGGAGGUAAAGAAGUACUAAUAAAGCCAACGUACAAAGGAGCAGUUGGCAAACCUGUUGAGUUUAUAGUGGACGCUAGUACGGCAGGUCCUGGUCAAUUAGAGCUUGAAGUAUCUGGUGGCAACGGGACUCUCGUAGCCAGCUCCGUACGGUCUCUGGGAGGCAACCGAUACAUGGCAGCCUUCACGCCGCGAGUGGCUCGUCCUCACUCCGUAAGGGUCACCUUCAACAAUGAACAUGUACCAGGCUCUCCGUGGCAGGUUGAGGUGAUGGCGGGGCCGGCGGGUGGCGCGGGGGGGGAGUCCACCAGACUGAUCCCCGCUCGAGUCCCGGCCGUCUUUGAGAUUUCCACAUCGCAUGGCGCGCCCACAUUCGACAAGAAUGAGGUUGCCGUGACGGUGACUGCACCGUCUCGUCGCUUGGUACCAGCGAGGGUAUUGGAUGUCACUGAAAGACCAGGGGUAUAUCGUAUCGAGUUCACACCUGAAGAAGUUGGCACCCAUCUUAUUGAUGUUUCAAUUGGUGAAGAAAAACUAGCCGCCGGGCCUCUUAUCGCAAAAGUGUACAACACGAGUCUUAUUAAAGUCACUGACGUUGGUAACGCUAUUGUCGACCAGCAAUGCCAAUUUAGAGUGGAUGCAAGUGCAGCCGGUGAAGGUCAACUAGAGAUCUCGAUCAAUGAAGGAGAAGUCCCAAACCACGUACAGGUAGUCGGCGGUGGUAGAUGCCUUGUAUUUUGGAGACCAGAAACACCGACUCCGCAUAGAGUUGACAUCAAGUUUAAUGGGGAGCCGGUGCCAUCAUCCCCUUUCAUCUUUCAUGUUGCACCAGCCCAGAGAGUCACCAUUGAUACUUCACAAAUAGAACUGAUUCCUGUUGGCGAAUUGGUAUCAUGCUCCGUACGAGUGGAGGGAUCUGGUGGUGGAGAACUAAAUGUGACAGUACGAGGUCCCAGAGAAGAAAUACCAGUACGUUUGACUGGGGAUGUUGUGUCUGGACUGGUGGCUAGCUUUACUGCUAAAAAUGUAGGACCACACACACUUACUGCACAUUAUAACAAUCAACCUGUGCCGGGUACUCCAUUUAUAUGUAAAGCUUACGACAGUAAAUUGGUCAGUGUAUCUGGAGGAACAUUGGCUAGAGUGGGAGUGCCUGUACAGUUAGCAGUAGAUGCAGCUCAGGCCGGAGAAGGAAACCUUGAGAUAACGGUAGCGGCUCGAGGACUUAAUAUUCCUACUCAAGUCCAUCCACAGGGAAAUGCAAGAUUCACUGUGUCCUUCACACCAACCGAAGCUUGUGAACAUGUUGUCAAUGUUUCUUUUAAUAAAAUGAGAGUUCCCGGCUGUCCACUCAUCAUAGAUGUCUCCGAGGGUGGAGUAAGCGGCGCCCGCGUUACUUUGCCAGGACCUGUACCUCUUCAUCAGCCAACUUUCUUAACCUUACAUCAUUCCACUGCUACACUUGAUCAAAUCGAGGUUAAUGUUGAAGGGUGGAAAUAAUGAGAUUUUUGGGGUUAUAUCAAAAAUGUCAAUUUGAAAGAACGAAAGAUUAGAUAAAGGAGUUGCUAAAGAUACGAUUAUCAAAGUUUAAGCAUGCGGCUUUGCAAUACUAACACAUUUCACAAUUGACAUAAUUUUGUUGUAAUUUUACUAU